AUGGUGUCUAAGAUCUCAUACUUUGUUCUCUUCGGGUUAGUAAUAUUCACGAAUGGGAAUCCUGCUUACAGACAAGAUGAAUCUGCCCAGGCUGCGGAAGACCUCAGGCAUUUGUUGGACGGUUUCUACAAGCAAGAACUUAAUAAUGAAGACAGAGAGGACUCUUCCAGCAAUAACAGAAAAGACAGCAACAGGUAUAAUAAUUACAACAGCAAUAUAAAUAAUAAUUACGAUAGCAACCGCAAUAAUAAUUACGAUAGCAACAGAAAUAAUAAGUAUGACAGCAAUAGGAAUAAUAAUUAUGAUAGCGACAGGAGCAAUAAUUACAACAGCAACAGAAACAAUAAUUAUAACAGCAAUAGGAAUAAUAAUUACGAUAGCAACCGCAAUAAUAAUUACGGUAGCAACAGAAAUAAUAAGUAUGACCGCAAUAAGAAUAAUAAUUAUGAUAGCGACAGGAGCAAUAAUUACAAUAGCGACAGAAACAAUAAUUACGAUAGCAACAGAAACAAUAAGUAUGAGAGCAACAGAAACAAUAAUUACGAUAACAACAGGAAUAAUAAUUAUGAUAGGGACAGGAGUAACAAUUACAACAGCAACAGAAAUUCUAACUACAAAAACAACAGAAAUAAUAAUUACGAUAGCGACAGAAAUAAUAAUUACGAUAGCAACAGAGAAGAUAAUAACAAUAAUAACAGUGUAGAAGACAGCGACAGUAUUAGUAACUAUUUCAGCAAUCUGUUGCGAGCUUAUAGCGACGAUCGGGAUGACAGGGAUGAUUUGCGUUGUGUUGGAGAAAAGUGCAGUCGAAGAGAUAAUAACGUAAUCAACAUAAAUAAAAACAUUUUGCGUGGCGGUGAUGAUUCAAAUAACAUUGCAUUAGACGAUGAUAGAAAUGAUGACGAUGAUGAUGAUAGAGAUAACAGAAACCGUAUUGAAAACCUGCACUGCGUUGGAGAAAUGUGCAGUUUAAACUUGAACAACGGUAACGCUAAUUUGCGCUGUGAUGGAAACUACUGCGGAAGGGAUCGUGAUGAUAACAAUUAUGACAGGGGUCAAGAUAAUUUGCGCUGCGAUGGAGUUAGAUGCAGUCAAAACAGAAUCUUUGUGGAUAAAACGGACAGAGAUGAUGAUGACAAUAAUACUAGAUAUGGCAAUGACAACGGCUUACCCGAUUUGCGUUGUAAUGGCAACAGGUGUGAAAGAACUCGGAAUGAUGACAAUCUCAAUGAUAGCCCGAAUAACGAUGAAAUUGAAGAAAUCAAUCUCAAGGAAGAUGUAGAUAAUCUUCUGAAAAAUGUUAUAAAAAAAAAUUUGAGACAAAGCAAGUUACUUGAUCAUAAAGAGCUACAAAACCUUGUUAAAAAGCAGGAAUGA